CUCCUGUACAGGAUACCAGGCAUCGCAGUCUGUUUUUAGAGGAAUGCAGCCUUGGUAUUUAGAAAGCAGUACAGAUCCUUUACUGGCUGUUUUCAGAGGCUGCCCAGUGGGACUGAAGAAACGCUACAUUGUUUUACCAUCUCCAGUAUUCCCAACACGCACCUAUCUAGCUUUUCAAAAGGUGACAAAUAAAAACUAUCCAAAAGACAUCUGUUCUGCAUGAGAGUCCAUUAGCAUCUGAGAGGCCAUGGUACUCGGUGUUAUUCUCUACACGAGUAAAGAAUCAUCCGUCACAAUCAGUUUUACUUUUCAAAUGGUGCCUGAUAAAAGCCCUCCAGUCCACAUCACAAGCAAAAGGUCCAUUUAUUUUCAAAGCAUCGUGCAAAUCACAGGCAACUUCCAUCAACCAGCCAGCACAGGCAUUACAAUUAAACACAGACAACUUCCAUCAACCAGCCAGCACAGGCAUUACAAUUAAACACAGACAACUCCCAUCAACCAGCCAGCACAGACAUUACAAUUAAACACAGACAGCUCCCAUCAACCAGCGAGCACAGGAGUUACAAUUAAUUCAAUUAAAUGAAACCCCAAAAUGUUAGUCGUGAAAGCCAUGCAGUAUGAUAUAAUAAUUAUAAAGCACAUCAAAAGUUAUAAUUGUUACAACCUGAAUUACUGAGAAACAUGAAUUAUUUGUAUGAUUUUUGGCAGUGGUUCUGCCUCGUGAACAACACCACUACAUGUUCACCCAGUGUAGACCUGCAGCCCCCUCUGGUGUACAGACAGCACAACUGCAUGCCAGUCAGUGGUGUGUUACGUACUGCCCAUUUAACCAAAGAUAUUCUGUUCCCAUCAGAACCCUGUGACACAACUAAACACUUCCUGUCUUUGGAUACUGUUUAUAAAAAAAAACACGUGUUGCAUAGUAGAGAGAUCAAUAUGAUUACUCGUGAGGAAUGCAGCAGAGUCAGUUCCAAAAUCUAAGAAUGCACGCUUUGUACAGUAAUAAUAUAUACCUGUCACUGUAAAAACAGGUGAGACCGCAGCAGUGGAAAUGACAGGUGACUGCUGUGCAUUGACAUUUGAACCCUUGUCGAAAUGGUUAAACAUUACAUUUGAGCAAUAGGUCAUUGCUACAUAUACAGAAGGUCCACAGAAUUGACCCUUGUUUAGACUAGAGCCCCAUCCAAGGGGUCAACUACCGAGUCACACAGAGUGCCAUGGAAUUCCUUCAGCCGUUUUUAAAAACAUGUUUGAAUUGAGAAGGCCCUGUGUGUGGUUAAUACACCAGGGCCUAAAUGAGUCAAUCAUGUGAUGCUGGUGUUAGUGUGAGGGAGUGUGAUCAUGUAAUGCUGGUGUUAGUGUGAGGGAGUGUGAUCAUGUAAUGCUGGUGUUAGUGUGAGGGAGUGUGAUCAUGUGAUGCUGGUGUUAGUGUGAGGGAGUGUGAUCAUGUAAUGCUGGUGUUAGUGUGAGGGAGUGUGAUCAUGUAAUGCUGGUGUUAGUGUGAGGGAGUGUGAUCAUGUAAUGCUGGUGUUAGUGUGAGGGAGUGUGAUCAUGUGAUGCUGGUGUUAGUGUGAGGGAGUGUGAUCAUGUGAUGCUGGUGUUAGUGUGAGGGAGUGUGAUCAUGUGAUGCUGGUGUUAGUGUGAGGGAGUGUGAUCAUGUGAUGCUGGUGUUAGUGUGAGGGAGUGUGAUCAUGUGAUGCUGGUGUUAGUGUGAGGGAGUGUGAUCAUGUGAUGCUGGUGUUAGUGUGCAGGAAUGUGAUCAUGUGAUGCUGGUGUUAGUGUGAGGGAGUGUGAUCAUGUGAUGCUGGUGUUAGUGUGAGGGAGUGUGAUCAUGUGAUGCUGGUGUUAGUGUGCAGGAAUGUGAUCAUGUGAUGUGGGUGUUAGUGUGAGGGAGUGUGAUCAUGUAAUGCUGGUGUUAGUGUGAGGGAGUGUGAUCAUGUGAUGCUGGUGUUAGUGUGCAGGAGUGUGAUCAUGUAAUGCUGGUGUUAGUGUGAGGGAGUGUGAUCAUGUAAUGCUGGUGUUAGUGUGAGGGAGUGUGAUCAUGUGAUGCUGGUGUUAGUGUGCGGGAGUGUGAUCAUGUAAUGCUGGUGUUAGUGUGAGGGAGUGGGGGCUGUGCAGGAAUGUGAUUAUGUGUGUAUGACUGGGGGGGAGGGGUUGUUGCAGUUUGAAAAGGAUAUUGCAUUUCAGAUUCAAUGCUACACAAAGAAAAGUGGCAGAGCAGGCUUCCUCAGGAAAGAGCAGUCACUUCCUGGAAAAUUAGCAGGCUCCGAGUGAUAACCAGCCCUCCAGCCUUCCCACUCCCAGUCCAGCCCAGUGCAGGAAUCAAGCUGCGCACACAGGCUCACCCGCUGCCUGCUCCAGCCCAGGGCGUUCUAGUAUCCGGCAGUGAAUGCGUAAGAAAUCACUUUGUACUGGCAGGGACUGCGCGCUCACUGCCCCACGACAGUGCUUCACUAGCAGGGUACUUCAGAUGUCCAUCACGAUGAACUUCUACAUCGUCCUUGCGCUCGUGAGUCUAAAUUUCAGAGGGGUUGAACUCCUGUCUGCGGUCACUAUAAACAAAGUGACACUUCAGAUUGACCCUUCCAGCCCUGUGCAAAGCGGCCGUAACGUUACCCUGACCUGCGCACUCGACAUCAGCAUUGCCGAGCCCAGCCAGUCUCACCCACACCAGUACACCUUCUAUAAGGAGGACCAGAUUGUGUACACCAAGAAUGACACCAGCGACCGACUGCAGUACAGGAUCACAGCAGCUAGGGUGUUCCACUCAGCCAGCUACAGCUGUGAGGUCAGAGCUGAGGGGAAGAGGAGGGAAAGCAAUCCAGCUACACUCUCGGUAACAGGUCUGCAGCAGCCUGUUCUGACUCUGAAUCGCAACACAAUCCGAGAGGGAGAGGAGGUCGCUGUCCGCUGUGCUGCCCCCGAGGAACUGGGAUCCCUCAUCUUCAACUUUUAUAAAAACUUGUCAAAAGGCCCGGUCAGAAAGCUCACCAGAGCUGUUAAUUUUGCCGAGACCACGUUUAAUUUUGAACCAGAAGAAAGAACCGCUAGCUUUUAUUGCACUUUCUCAGUGACCACGGUGCCUGAUGCUGGAGCGUCGCCCCCUAGUGCCGUGAGGAAUGUCACGAUAUCAGAAAUAUUAAAUAAUCCAAUCAUGGAUGUAAAACCGGCCCAGAAUGUAACUGAAGGAGACACGUUUGAGAUCAUCUGCAGGGCUGACGACUCGACCAGCACUGCCAACCAGCAGAUAAUAUACCUGCGAAAGAAAAAAGACAUACUGACUCAUAAAACCGGCCGUGUAAAUUACACCAGUACUGCUCACUCACACGACUCGGGGGACUACGAGUGCAUCUCCGACUUGCACAAUGUGCAGAGAUCAACUAUAAAGACCCUUCGUGUGGCAGAGUUGUUUUCUAAACCAGUCUUGCUCGCUGAACAUCAUGAAAUAAACGAAGGCGGUCGGUUGAACGUGACCUGCUAUAGCAGGUACAGCACUCCACAGAACCUUUCCACUGCGCCGGGACUCAAGUAUGCACUUCUCAAGGAUGGCACUUUAAAAACAGCUGCCUCUGUCCAGUCAGGCUAUGUGAAUGAGAAAGCCUCUGCAGCCGAGGGAGGGCUUUACUCCUGCAAUGUGACUGUAAAGGGAAUAACCAAGAGCAGCGAACAGGUCCUUAUCAAAGUGUAUGUUCUAGUGACCAGGCCCACUCUGAGUGUAAUUGGAUCUUCAGAGGUCAUUGCUGGGAAGUCUGCUAGACUGAAGUGCCACUCUGAAAAGGGAUCGCCUCCCAUUACUUACGUCCUGCUGAGAGGCAACCAGACUGUGAGCAUCCUUGCAGUGAAGCAGGAGGUGGCCGUGUUCAACGUCACGAUGUCAAACACGGGCAGCACCCAAGAGUACAGGUGUGAAGCGCAGAACCGAGGAGCCAGCAGUGCCAAGCUCAGCAACGCAGUGCGAAUCACAGUCAUCGUUCCAGUAUCCGGUCCGACGCUGGUGCCAGCCAAGGGGGUGGUCUCUGAAGGGGAGAACCUGACUCUCAUUUGUGCCUUAGCUGACGCCACUUUACCCAUCACCUUUCAGUUCUUCAGGGAUGAAGAAGAGCAUCCUCUCCACUCCACAACCACAAAUUCCACUAGAGCAAUCUUUACCAAGUUGGUUGGCACAGAGCACAACGCUGGGUACUCCUGCAAAGCAUCAAACAAAGCCGGCACAAGCAGAAAGAGCAACCGAGUGUCUGUGACUGUAACAAUGAGCACAUGGAAGAGAACACUAAUCAUUCUGUUUUGCAUCGUGAUUAUUCUGGGCGUCGUCGUGUUCUGCAUCGUUAGAUAUAAACUCAAACAGGCUAAAAAUGAGAGCAGCAUGGAAAUGGCAGGCUCUGCACGUACUGAUGCAGUGAGAAAUGUCUUUGAGAGUGAAUUAUCCAACGCUAAUACAGGCGCUGACCAGCACGGUGAUGUCAUUGCAGUGAGAGAGAUCAAUGGAACUGAAGUUGGCAGUGUGGAUGUGGGCUGUGGGGAGGACUCCAGUGACCCUGACAUUGAAUAUACAGAGGUGAUGCAUGGGGAGCCCGACGCUAGCAGAGCUCCUGUGAUGAAAGGGACAGACACCAUGUACAGUGAACUCCAAAAGUCAGAGAACAGUAUUAUCUAAUACAGAGCGCAGGGCUCUGUUGAAUACGCACAGCUCUAUCACAAUACUGUGGAGUCCAGACAGUAAUCCUUCAGACGAGAGACGUGCAGCCUUGGUUUCCAACAAACCAGAGGAGUCAACUUCCAAUUCUGCAGCAAAGCUGAAGCAUAUUUAUUUUGUAUUGUAUGGCCCGUCUCUGUAAUGUGCUGUUUCAGUUAUUUCAAUUAAUAACACUUCCAUUACAAUAAAGUUGUCCUUGUUCCGUG